UUCAAUAUACGAAACUCCGUGAAAGUAUCGCAGUUAACCAGAUAGAAAAUAUUAUGAUCACUGAAUCAGUUAUACCUUUGCGACCGGCAUAUACAGACUUAGUUUGGGGUGCUUGAUUUGGUCAUAAUGCGUUUUAAAAUCUGCCCAUUUCCCUUCAUCACCAUGAAGUCGCGUGAUGGAAAAAAGCCGGACAAAAGUGCUCUGGAAACCGACCUGGAGACAGCGCUGGACCUUGCGGGAGCUGGAAAAUAUCAAGUCUUUCACUGCGCCCUCAUGGUUUCUACCCUCGGCGCUGCAAUUCUGGAAAUGAUCGGGUGUGCCUUCUUGCUUCCAUCUGCAGCUUGCGAUCUUGAUCUACCCGACAAUAUGAGAGGAAUUAUAACCAGCAUACCCAAUAUAGGUAUUAUAUUGACAGCGCCAUUUUGGGGUCCUACAGCAGAUGCUCUUGGCAGAAAACCAGUGCUUAUACUGUCUACGUUGUUAUCAGGUCUAAUUGGGCUUCUAGCUGCCUUCAUGCCUAAUCUCUUAACGUAUGCCCUUUGCAAGUUUAUUGGCUCUCUGUUUUUAUCGUGCCCAUCAUCCCUCGGCUUUGCAUUUCUGGGAGAACUAAUGCCUAAGAGGAGACGAGACAUGGCCGUGCUCACCUGCAAUGCUUCACUGAUGCUGGUGGCAUCGUUAUGUCCAAUACUUGCCUGGAUAGUAUUCUCUAUAGAUUGGGAACUACAAUCCGUCUACUUGCGGCCCUGGCGCAUUCUCACCAUCGCGUAUUCAAUGCCUCUUAUCCUGUCAUCGCUGUGGAUGACGCAGACCAUGGAAAGCCCCAAGUUCCUCAUGAUGAAAGGCAAGGAGAAGGAGGCUUUGAACGUAUUGGCGCAUAUAUUCGCUUUCAACACAGGGCUGGAUCCAGAUGAAUAUAAGGUAACAUCUCUCAAAAAGUCUGCAGACGAUUGCAGGAAAGCAGCUGACGGUCAGAGCUGUGAAUCUGGGAAAAAGUCAAAAACAUCUGCCAUUGAUCUGUUGAAACCACCCCACGUCCAGUGGUUGCUGCUGAUUGGAUUUCUGAUGCUGGGUUUAUUCUCCUUAUUAAACGGCUUAUUUUUAUUUACGCCACACACGAUCAACACUCUGAUGAGGCAAUCUGCGAAUGAAACUGCGUCUAUCUGUAAAGCACUGGACCAAAUUCAGAAUGCUACACACACAGUAACUUGCAGUAUAUCCUACGAGACAUUCCAAAUAACAGUGAUCACAGCCCUGAUAUACGGAGCGCUCGUGAUGCUGGCGAGUCUCAGCCCGCUGUCUAAAAAGACAUUGCUGAUAUCCAUGUACGCUGUGGUCGGAACCGCGUGUUUGAUUAGCGGCAUUGUUCAGAACAGGUUGGUAGCUGGUGUCUCCAUGUCUACUCUGGAACUUACUGCGCUAGGAAUUGGACCACUUAACGCGUAUGCUGUACAAAUAUUCCCAACCAGUUUAAGAGGCACAGCGGUGGGGGCAGUCAUGAUGUUCGGGCGAGUCGGUUCGAUGCUCGGCGCUAACAUGGCGGGCAUUUUCUUGGCCCGGGGCUGUACAUAUACCUUCUGCGCUUUUGCCACUCUUCUCUUCUUGUGUGCAUGCCUCAGUACCUUGCUGCCCACCGAUAAGACUGCGAAACGAGAGAAAACAUCACUAUAAUUAGUGCAUCAUAUUGUACACGGAUGCAUUUGACAUCUUUUUUUUUUUUGUUAUAUUCAAUGAGGCAUUGCCUAAUGAAGUCAAUUGUAAAAGUAAUAUGUUGUCAUGACACCACAGUCAAAGCAAGCCAUAAAGAAACAAUCUAAAAACUUACACAAAUAAUAUAAUCCAUGACUACUAAAAAAUGUGCCAGACUUAAAAUUUUGUCUAUUUAAUAAUUUAUAAGUGUUUCUGUAGACAUUUUAAAUAUAAUUCUUGGUGCUAUGAUAAUUUUUUAUCACAUUAAUACUAGAAAUAACGUAGCAGUAGUAAAGUAGCAGGUUCGAAUUGAAAAAAUAUUUUUUUGGGUUGAUUUAUGAUUGAAGUGAAAGUCCGAUUGUUGAAUAAGUGGGUGAAACCAUAGGGUAUAGCUAGUUCAGUAUGAAUAAAUGGGAUAAGUAGAAAAUAUUCAGCAUAUUGGUAAAUAAGUUAUUAUUGAACUAGCUUUUGCUCGCGGCUUCGCACGCGUUAAAUUCGGAGUGUGUCUAUUAAAAAAAACCAUCAAAAUCCGUUGGGAAGUUUUAAAGAUUCAAGCAAACAUGGGGACGUAGGGACAGAGAAAGUGACUUUGUUUUAUACUAUGUAGUGAUAAAAAACACGACUGAAGCUUCUGUAAUUGUAACAAUUUUAUCGAUGUUUUUAUACAUACAAAAAUAUUAUUGUGAUGUGUCUUUAUAAGGUACUUGUGUUAAUAUACUAUCGUUAAAACCCGUUUUACUUAUUUUAACUAAAUGCCUUUUUACAAUUAGUUUUAAUUAGGGAAUACGCGAUCUAACGAAAAACGGGUUUUAACUGUAACAAUUAUUAUUCUUUCUAUUU